GUGGGACGAUCGAGGCACAGGCCAUGUGUCCUCUUGCUACGUGGAGAGGCUCAAGGGCAUGUCCCUGCUAGUCAGGGCAGAGAGUGAUGACAUCUGUUACUGUUGCCUGGUUCCCAGAAGCAAGUAACAGAGACCUAAGACUGCCUCGUACCAGGAAGGGGCCUGAUCCUGUAAAACCAACUGGAUGAAAAUAAUCUCACUGAACAAACUAGUAGAAUAGUCACUGAUUUUUUUGAGUCAUUGAACCCUUUUGGGGGAACAAAUUGCACAAAUGGAGCAUCAUAUUCUCCAGAAGGAUGGAUUUGGGGCAGUUAAAGAGCCAGUUUAUGCUUCAGCUCUCUUCUUUUGGAGUCCAAAAUUAACCCGAACACUGCAUACCAGAAGCAACAGAGGAAGAAUACUUGGCAGAUCUUGAGACCUGCUCGGGGACUCAUUUUUCAUACAUCUACAUGGUCCUGAGAUACUUCAGUUUGCAGUCUAGUCCCCGGUCUUCCCAGACUUACCUGCCAUCUAGAGGAUACCUUGAUUGUGUGGUCUGAAGCUGAAAAUUAUGAUUUGGCACUUAGCUUUCAAGAAAAAGCAGGAUGUGAUGAAAUAUGGGAAAAAAUAUGUCAGGUUGGCCAGAAGGGAAAAGGUUACCUGUCCAAAGCUCUGUUGUAGUGAGAAGAAUGUUCAAGGCAAAGACCCUUCUGUCGAUAUUACUCAGGACCUUGUCGAUGAAUCUGAGGAAGAACGUUUUGAUGAUAUGUCAUCACCAGGUCUAGAAUUGCCAUCUUGUGAAUUAAGUCGACUAGAAGAAAUUGCAGAACUUGUGGCAUCUUCAUUGCCUUCACCAUUACGUCGUGAAAAACUCGCACUAGCACUGGAAAAUGAGGGCUAUAUUAAGAAGCUCUUAGAAAUUUUUCAUGUGUGUGAAGACUUGGAGAACAUUGAAGGACUACACCACUUAUAUGAAAUUAUCAAGGGAAUUUUCCUUUUGAACAGAACUGCACUUUUUGAAGUCAUGUUUUCCGAGGAAUGUAUAAUGGACGUAAUUGGAUGCCUAGAAUAUGACCCGUCUUUAUCACAGUCACGGAAACACAGGGAAUUUCUGACUAAAACAGCAAAAUUUAAAGAGGUGAUUCCUAUAUCUGAUCCAGAGCUGAAGCAAAAAAUACAUCAGACAUACAGAGUACAGUAUAUUCAAGAUAUGGUCCUACCCACUCCCUCAGUUUUUGAGGAAAAUAUGCUAUCAACACUUCAUUCUUUCAUCUUUUUUAAUAAAGUGGAAAUAGUUGGUAUGUUACAGGAAGAUGAAAAAUUUCUGACAGACUUAUUUGCACAACUAACAGAUGAAGCCACAGAUGAGGAGAAAAGACAGGAAUUGGUAAAUUUUCUGAAAGAGUUUUGUGCAUUCUCUCAAACACUGCAACCUCAAAACAGAGAUGCAUUUUUCAAAACCUUGUCAAAUAUGGGCAUACUGCCAGCACUAGAAGUUAUAUUGGGUAUGGAUGAUGCACAAGUACGAAGUGCAGCCACCGAUAUAUUCUCAUAUUUGGUUGAAUACAACCCGUCCAUGGUACGAGAGUUUGUCAUGCAGGAAGCACAGCAGAACGAUGAUGAUAUAUUACUCAUUAACCUCAUUAUAGAACACAUGAUUUGUGACACAGAUCCAGAACUUGGAGGGGCAGUGCUACUCAUGGGUUUGCUUCGUACUUUAGUUGAUCCAGAAAAUAUGCUUGCCACAGCUAAUAAAACAGAAAAGACAGAGUUCUUGGGUUUCUUCUACAAACAUUGUAUGCAUGUUCUGACAGCCCCUCUAUUGGCCAAUACUACAGAGGACAAGCCUAGCAAAGAUGAUUUUCAGACAGCCCAACUCUUGGCAUUAAUACUGGAAUUGCUAACUUUCUGUGUAGAACAUCAUACUUAUCACAUAAAAAACUACAUCAUUAACAAAGAUAUCCUGCGAAGGGUGCUCGUUCUCAUGGCCUCAAAGCACGCUUUCUUGGCAUUGUGUGCCCUUCGUUUCAAGAGAAAGAUAAUUGGGCUGAAGGAUGAAUUCUACAACCGUUACAUAAUGAAAAGUUUUUUGUUUGAACCUGUGGUCAAAGCAUUUCUAAAUAAUGGUUCCCGUUAUAAUCUGAUGAACUCUGCCAUAAUAGAGAUGUUUGAAUUUAUCAGAGUGGAAGAUAUAAAAUCGUUGACAGCUCAUGUAAUUGAAAAUUACUGGAAGGCACUGGAAGAUGUAGAUUAUGUGCAGACUUUCAAAGGACUGAAACUACGAUUUGAGCAACAAAGGGAAAGACAAGAUAAUCCAAAACUUGACAGCAUGCGUUCCAUUUUGAGAAACCAUAGAUACAGAAGGGAUGCAAGAACCCUGGAGGAUGAGGAGGAAAUGUGGUUUAAUACUGAUGAAGAUGAUAUGGAAGAUGGAGAGGCAGUGGUGCCCCCUUCUGACAAAACUAAAAAUGAUGAAGAUAUUAUGGACCCUAUCAGUAAAUUCAUGGAAAGGAAAAAAUUAAAAGAGAGUGAAGAAAAGGAAGUUCUUCUGAAAACUAACCUUUCAGGUCGUCAGAGCCCAAGUUUCAAGCUUUCCUUUUCCAGUGGUACAAAGUCUAACCUUACCAGCCAGUCAUCUGCAAGUAAUCUGCCUGGAUCCCCAGGGUCUCCCGGAUCCCCAGGGUCCCCUGGGUCUCCAGGAUCAGUUUCUAAAAGCACAUCUCAGAUGGCAGCUAUUACAACUAAGGGAGGCCUCGUUGGGCUUGUAGAUUAUCCUGAUGAUGAUGAAGAGGAUGAUGAAGAUGAAGAUAAAGAGGAAACUUUACCUUUGUCAAAGAAAGCAAAGCUUGAGUCAUCAUAAUGGCAACUGCUGAAGAACAUUACCAGUUGGGGGAAGGAUUUUUUUUCCAAAAACAAAACAAACCCAAGCAAAGCAGCAAUCUUUUGUGAAUUACUGUGUGACACAGAUCAACCUAUACAAACGGAUUUCUGCCAAUCAAGUGCCAAUUCAAAGCAGAAGAAGGGGAAAUAUUUCGUUUAGGGGAAAGACUUACGCCUUUGAGCUCUCCAGCUUGGACCACAUAUUGCCCUUUUCUCAGGGAAGGAAAUGGAAAACAAAACAAAAAAAAAAAAAGCCAACAGGGCAGGAGUUUUGUUAGUGGAACUCUGGAUUGGCUGGUCAGUUGCUACAAUCGGAAUAUGCUUUCUUGGACCAUGUAUGAGACUUCUGAAGAAAAGGCGGUUUUUGCCAUAAUUCUUCACUAGUUAAGAAUGCCAGCAGUUUCUUUGUAUAAAAGAGACCUGCCUUUGAAAUCGUACAUUCUGAACAUUUUAGUCAAGCUACAACAGGUUUUAAAAACCUCUACGGGGGAGGGCUGAAUAUAAAGUUUCCUCUUUUUUUUUAAAUCUUUUCCCUUUGCCCUUUAAACUGCAGAAUUUUUUUUUUGGAGGUGGGGGAUUUGUUUGUCCCUUCUUGAUUAAAGAUUGAGUGGAAUUCUAGAUGUGGUCACUUUUGUGUCAUAAUUUUUUUUUUUGCCCCCCUGAGUGUAUGCUUAGUUGUUGAGUAUAUAUUUGGGACCAUUAAAAUUUUUUGAUGUAAUAUAA